UCAGUGACAUAUCAUUCGCUGCUGGAAAGAAAAGAACGAUUCUCCAUGCUCACAAGAUGAUCCUAGCAAGCAGGAGCCCUGUUUUCUUUUCCAUGUUCUGUGGGUUACUGAAAGAAACUUCAACUGUAGUGGACAUACCUGAUAUCAAUGCUGAUGUCUUUAGACUAUUUUUGAAGUAUUUAUAUACACGAUCGUGUGACACGAAUGAAAAAACAGUGACCUCAUUGCUGUACUGUGCGAAAAAAUAUGAUGUCCCGUCACUGCAAAAGAUCUGCCGGGAUUUCCUUAGAAAAGCCAUAAGUGUUCUGAAUGUAUGCACCGUUCUAGACGAGUCAUUACUCUUUCAAGAAGACCAGCUUAAAGAUGAGUGUAUAAAUUUUAUUUCUCAGAAUACAAUCGCCGUGCUCAAGACAAGAUCAUUUAAAAACCUUUCGUCGAAUACCGUCAAACUACUUCUUGAAGACGAUAUACUGAACUGCAAGGAAAUCCAUAUUUAUUCUGCAUUGAAGGCGUGGGGUGUGUGUGAAUGCAAACGAAAUGGAAAGAAUAUUCCAACAGCUGAAAAUAUACGUGACGAAAUCGGUGAGCUGGUCAAGUUGAUUCGAUUUCCAACAAUGAGUGUGGAAGAUUUUUCUAAAUAUGUUGCGAAAGACUUUGUUUUAACACCAGAGGAAAAGCUGGCUUCCUAUCAAGACAUUGUUCUUGGCGAAAAGAUAUCUGGAUAUCCAACCAAAUCUAGACAAGAACCUACAACUCAGUAUAAGGUUAUGAGAUUCCGUUCCAUAACAACUCUGUACAGAUCAAUAGAAUUGCAAUAUAAUGUCAUUUGUUUUACCUUUUCAAGAGCAUGUACACUUCAUGGAGCGAUCCUUUUUCGACCAGCUACUUCAGGGAUGGUCACUGGCAAGUUUAUUGUGAAAGAAAAUGUAGAUAAUGUGAUAGUUCAAUCAGAUGUAUCUAUUGAAUUUGAGAUAGAAAAGACCAUUCUCGACCACUUAUUCCCCCGAUACGAUUGGAACCCGGGAAAGUGUUCUGCGUUGAGCAUAAUACCAAACUGACUGGACACUGUGUAAACACUUACUGUGGAACGGAUCAACAACCGAAUAUUAAUGCAAAUAAUGUCCUAGUAAAGUUUGAAAAUGUUAAAUUCAACGAGGGAACAAUCAGCACAACACUGUCUACUGGCCAGAUCUUAGGACUGAUUAUCGGAGUAAAAAGGCUUA